AUGGAAGGAGGUCGCGCCGCUGCUGUGGCUCCAUCCUACAUUGGACUGUCCAUCUUUAACCUUCUGUGCUGCUGUCUGCCAUUGGGGAUUGCUGCCCUUAUCUAUUCCUGCAAGGUGGGUGACUUUUAAACACGCAUCAAGCUUUAUACUUUUGAGAUGCCUUUAAAUCAAGUUGGGCUUUUUUCUUUUCCAACAUUGCACAUUUAUAAAUUCUCUUUUUUUCUGGCAAACUGGAUUGCAAUAUAAUGGUACCUAUUUUUGAAUUCUGAAGGCACAAGAGGCAAAUUCUCUGGGACAAACGUCUUUAGCCCAGGAUGCGUCCAGAACGGCAAAGAUACUGAACAUCGUCGGAAUUGUCUGUGGAAUACUUCUCAUCAUUAUUUUCAUCGCUGUCAACGCCAGCAGCUCCCCACAAUAA